AGCUCCAAAAAAAAACAAAACGUUGUGAUUGAGGAGAAAUACAACAGCACAAGAGAUAAGAUGUCCUCAUUCUUUUUGUUCUUCAUCUUCAUCGUGUCGAAUUUGUUUUAAAUGCCUUUUCUUAAACACGGCAUGACAAAUGAGAGCUAACUGUUAUUGACACCUGAGAAUGAUCAAAAGUCUUUCGAAAGAAGUUCAAUCACAGCUGCGCUCUGGAGUUGCUAUUUUCUCAUUACAGCAAUGUGUCGAGGAGCUUCUGCUGAACAGCAUAGAUGCCGGAGCAACGUGUGUGGCUGUGCAGAUCGACAUAGAGGCCUGCAAAAUUCAGGUUCUAGACAAUGGCUCAGGCAUGGACCGAGACAACAUGGAAAGGGUUGGGAUCAGAUAUUCAACAAGUAAAUGCAAGUCCAUUGAGGAUUUGGAAAAUCUUUGCUUUUAUGGGUUCAGAGGAGAAGCGAUUGCGAGCAUGGCCACCAUGUCAGCCAUGGUCGAAAUCACCUCUCGGACCAAGAUGUCCGUGAAAACGUUUGUUAAAAGGUUUUACGAAGGUAAGGGGUCGGAUGUUUUUGAGGCUCAGACUACUCGCCCGUCAGCCGGGACGACGGUGCUGAUUUGUAACUUCUUUCACAACAUGCCAGUCAGGAGAAAAAGGAUGGACUCUGUGCUGGAGGUUGAACGUGUCCGUCAGCGUGUGGAGGCAAUAUCGCUGAUGCAUCCGUCUGUGUCAUUUACUGUGAAAAGAGACGGUUCUGGCACACUUCUUAUACAGCUUCCAAAAGCCAGGAAUACUUACUACAGAUUUGUUCAGAUCCAUGGUCUGAAUAGAGCCCAAAAGCUUGGCGAACUGAAUUACUCUUUUGGACAGUUUGAAAUUACGGGGCACGUUGGCCGAGAAGGACACUACAAUAAAAGCCUGCAGUUCCUCUUCGUAAAUGGACGACUUCUUUUAAAAACACGUCUUCACAAACUACUGAACUGCCUUCUUAGGAGACUGAGUAAUGUCCAAAACAGCAAUCCAAAUGUCCCCACUGUUGUUUCAAGCCCUAAACAAAAAAGCAGUGCUGAUUUACAUGGAGUUUAUAUCAUUAAUAUCAAGUGUCCAUAUUUAGAGUAUGAUGUAUGUCUGGAGCCUGCGAAGACCCUUAUAGAAUUCAGAAACUGGGAUAGCGUGCUCUUGGGCAUCGAAGAAGGCAUAAAAGCAUUUCUUACAAAGGAGAACUUAGUAUCAGAGUGUUCUAUGAGUGACGUCCAAAACGUUACAAACAAGGAAAGCACUUCUGGAUGGAACGUAAAUAUUGAAGAUGCAGGAAAGUUAGCAGUUGAUGAAAUAAAAGACAGGCGGCAAGAUGAAGAGAUGUCUGAACCUGAGCCAGAGCAAUCAGAUUCUAAAACGUAUUCAGAUUCAGACCCUGAAAAAGAUGUGAAAAAUGAUGCAGUUGAAAAGCCUUUACAGGACAUGCUUGAAAAUUGUCCAGACACACAAUGCACUGCGAUGGAUGACAGUAUCUCACCAUUCUGUGUUAAAAGCAAAGAUUUCAGGAUUGCUGCCAUUGACCAUAAAGUGGCACAUGACAGUUUGAGGUGUUUCACUGAACCAAGCCUGAGCCAUGCACCGAAGAGAAAGCUGACAUUACUCAGUGCUCAGAAUCACACGGCAUACAGCUGUGACUACGAGCCAAAGAUCGCCAAGGUCACUCCGCAUCGCAAAUUAACACUGUCUUUUGAAACUGGUUCUCUUGACAAAUUCAAGAGGUUGUUUGGAAAGGAGGUUGAACUGAAACCCCAAACAACGAACACACAAAUCCCGGAUGUUUUAUGUCGAACAGACUCUUUGGGCGGUUGUGCUUUGAAUGCAAGCAAUAAUUUAGUCUGUUCUGAAAGUAUGCAUGUAGAAGAUAGAGUUGAUCGCUUUUUGCCCAGAGAGAAUUCUGUAUUUAAGAAGUCGCAAUGUUCCUCAGCAGACAAGAGGAACAGAAUAUCGUUGGCGACCAAGCUCUUUCGGAAAGUAGAAUGCGAAGAUAAAAUAUAUACUCAAACCGAUGAAACUAACCAUGGAACACAAGAUUCGGACUCUAGACCCAAUUCUCUGUCAGUUCAAUUGAAUAACGACAUUUUUUCACAUCCCAGCAUUAUAGCUGAGAACUCCAUAACGACUGAACCGUAUGAGGAUGACCAAUCGGAUGAACCCACAUUCACUGCUCCCAAAGGACAGGAAAUGUCAACAAGCACUUCUGCAUCCACCACCACUGAAGACUCCGAGCUCACUAAAAAUACAACUUCCCCUAAACCCCAGAACCCCCAAGGUCAAAUACUUGACCCGGCAUCACAACAUGACCUACUGCCCUCAAAAACAGGAAACGAAGAACAGGCUGCAAAUGAAAGCCGGGGCCAGGAGAGUGAUGAGGUGACGCCUGGAUCAAGCGACUGGCUGACACAUUACGAUGAUUCAUUAGGAAAGAUGGUGUACAUCAAUCCAGUCACAGGACUCAGUAAAUAUGCGGAUCCAUCACUGAAGGAGACUCAAGUCCCGUGUUCUACAAACCUCACCAACAUGGCGGUCAGUGUUGUUUCAAAGACAGGAUUUGAGUACAGAUGCUACCCUUUCCAAACAGACCUUGUAUUGCCCUUUCUCCCCAAACCUAGAGCAGAGAGAGUCUGUAGCACAAUAGAAAAUGGAGGUCCUGGUUCCCUGUCGACUCUGUACUCUGAGUGGAAUAACCCUGUGUUUGUUCGACCACCUCAGGUUGCCUUGGACGUGACAAGCGGCCAAGCCGAAGGCUUUGCCGUGAAAAUCCACAACAUUCUCUUCCCCUAUCGCUUCACAAAGGAAAUGAUCCACUCAAUGAAGGUUAUUCAUCAAGUAGACAAGAAAUUUCUCGCCUGUCUCAUUAAUACUGCAGAUACAACAGAGCCUAGUAAAGAUGACGGAAACCUUCUUGUACUAGUUGAUCAACAUGCAGCUCACGAAAGAGUUCGCUUGGAGGGGCUCGUGACAGAGUCUCACGAGGACGACCCAGACACACCGGGAAAAAAGAGACUGUGCGGAUCGAGCGUAAGUCCUCCACUGGAGAUCCACGUGACUGAGGAUGAGAUACGACUGCUGAGGCUGUAUCAGCUUUCCCUAAGAGACCUGGCUCUAGAAAUCAGCUUCCCUCAGACGGAUAAGCCAUGCGUGCUCGUGGAGCGACUCCCCACAUGCUUCGUAGAGAAAGAGAACACAGAAAAGCGGCGUGGGAGGCGUAGCGUCAUCAAGUCUAUCGCAGAGGAAUACAUACGAGAGCACAUUGAGGCACUGAGAUCAACCGGAAGAGUAAAAAGCACUUUGCCUUUAUCAGUCCACAAUGUCCUUGCUUCGCAGGCUUGUCAUGGAGCAAUUAAGUUUAAUGAUGUCCUGAGUAAAGAGGAGUGCUGCAGUCUGGUGGCGUCACUCUCAUCUUGUCAGCUGCCCUUCCAGUGUGCUCAUGGUCGACCCUCCAUUCUUCCUCUAGCUGAUCUUCUCCACUUAGAGGAUGGACAGGACCGCCCCAAACCAAAUCUCAGGAAAUUGAGAAGAAUGUACAAGGCAUGGCAACUUUAUGGAAAGAAUUAAUUUAGAAAAAUAUGAAAUUUCACAGAGAAUACCACAUACGUUUUAGAAUUUUAAAAUAAAUUAUUU